AUGCUUAAGACUCUGUUGGACGCGUUUUGGAGCGAGGCUCUGUGGCUGCCGCCUAACGUCACGUGGUCGGAUGUGGCGCCCGGGCCCAGGCCCGGUACAGCGGUGGUCUAUACCGACCAUCGACAUCUUUGGCUUACUGUUCCAAUGGCGUUGAUUUUAAUAAUGCUGCGCUUCGUAUUGGACAAAUAUAUAUUUGCUCCGUUCGGCAAGGCACUAGGCAUUAAACAUGAUAGAAAUAUAGAGGUUCCUCCAAACCACAAGCUGGAAGCUGCAUAUAAGGCCAAUCCCGCGUCAAAACAGCUAUGUGCACUGGCCAAGCAGCUAGACCUGUCGGAGCGGCAGGUGCAGCGCUGGUGGCGCCGGCGGCGGCUGCAGGACAAACCGUCCACGCUCGUCAAGUUCCGCGAGAGCUGCUGGCGGGCUACCUUCUACUUUUACAACCUGAUGGUCGGCUGGAUGGUUUUAUGGGACAAGGAGUGGUUGUGGGACGUGGAUUACUGUUAUAUCGGCUAUCCCCAUCAGGGCGUCACCAACGACAUCGAGUGGUUGUACAUAGUCGCACUGGGAUUCUACUUGUCGCAGACCCUGUCGCUAUACGUCGACGUCCGUCGCAAGGACUUCUGGCAGCUGGUUGUGCACCACGCCGCGACGCUCUCGUUGUUAAGUUUCAGCUGGGUGUGCAACUUGCACAGGAUCGGCUCGCUGCUCAUGCUUACACUUGACUGCUCGGAAGCGUUGCUAGAGCCCACAAAAGCGACGAAAUACGCGGGCUACCACAGAGCGAGCGAAUACAUGUUCACCGCCUUCACCGCGCUGUGGAUUGUGACCAGGAUAGGGAUGUAUUCCUAUUUCAUAAUUGGGAGCGCGACGUACCGUGCCGCAGCCUACUUCUCCCCGUUCCUAAUGUUCCAACUUCUGGUCUUUCUGGCCUGGGUGCUGCUCGCUCUGAAUCUCUACUGGACUUGGCUGAUACUCCAAGUAGCAUACAGAGCCAUCAAGCAUGGCCAGAUAGAUGGUGACAUCCGCAGUUCGAGUUCUGAAGCCAGUGACAGUUCGACCACCCACGCACCCAACCGGGACAGGCAAAUAGGCAUCUAA